GCGUGGGGAGAACCCGAAAGAGCACUACGCUCAGUUAUUGACGCCCAGUCGUACUGGACUGUGUAUUUUGGUGUUGGAAUCUUACAGGUUCGGAGGGGCAAGAAUUUUGGAAGGCUGGUUGCUUUGGUACUGGAGAGUGUCCAUGCUGUAUCAUUGCGUGGGAAAAUAAUUCUGGCCCAUUGCACUGGCACUGCUCAAUAUUUUCGGACUGAACAGCACAACAACGCAGUUGCUUAUUGAAUUGCAAUGUAACGAACAAACACUUUCACUAUUGGUGAACAUUGUCGACAUUCUUUGGGGAAUUGCGAACAGCCCUCCCCCAAAGACGUGUUCGUCUCGGCUUGUUCUCUUCGCAACCAGACGAUGGAGGCGGUACCCAAUUGUGCAAAUCAACGAUGCCCUUCUUUCCUUCUUCUCUGCUAAUAGCAUAACAUCAUGUCCUAGAGCUAUCUAACCUCGUGGCAAACCUUUCCUCGUCGUAUGAUCCGAGAGACAGAAGAUAUUCGAAAGGCGCACACAACGAACCGAGCGAGUCAAGAAUACUUUGAACCCUGAGCACCCAGACAGUGGUCGUUGAUGCCAUCAAGAUCACACUACAAGACCGAAGACCGAGAACUGCCAAGCACCGAGCUGCGCAUAUACGAAUAGGGGUAUGUCGAAAAGCGCGAGUUUUCGCUCCCACGUUACAUUCGACCGAACUCCAUCCUCUCUAGACAUGACACCUACUUACAUGUGAAAACGAACCAUUGGUUCUUGUUAAGACAGAGGAAAGAAUUUCAGCAGUCGUGAUCGGGCAACUCAAUACCCCUUUACUGCGAGAGCCAGCGUAACCUGUUUUCGUUGCAAGUUCGCCGAACCGAAUGAGUCAACGAGCAAAACUCAACGAAACUUUUACGUGAGGUUAUCCGGGAAUAAAUAGUCUUUAUCACUGGUUGAUUGCAGUUGGUCGUCAGGUGGCGGUUAUUUCCGAGCAGUCGGGAUGAUCCAUUGAAAAAGGUUACCAGGUACCUAGUAUUCUAGAUCUGCUGAGAUUACCGGCAUGCGGCAGUGUCAAGAGAUGGUGUCUGACGAGUUGGGGAGAUGGCCAAAAAGUUGCAAAACAACUGCCGUAUCCGGCCUAGUCGCUAUCCCCGCCCGGGUCCGGCCAUAGGUGAGACGCGAGGACGGUUGAGCAAGAGGUAGAAACUUAGACUGUACAAUAAGAGAUUCUUUCCAAAUAUUGCCUACUACAGAACGCAAUUGCCUGCAAUCAUCAUUCGAUUUAACCUUGAUCUGUAAUUGUGGCUCUUGCUUCUACGCCGCACUCCCAGAAGCGGAAGUCUGCCUCACUCUUAUACGUUGAUCGGCUGAACCCUUGUCCUGGCCUUUCAUUCCUACCUGCACUGUUGACUGACUGACUGACUUUCUUUUUCCCUACGUAUAUACGCGGAGUACCCCAUGGCUCCAGGAAGUAAAAAGAAGGGGAAAAAAGUACCUUCUGGACCUGUUGCCGAUAAGCCUUGUCAUAACUGUCGACGUCGAAGACUUCGCUGUGAUCGUCAACUCCCCCACUGCGCAAAGUGCGACGCAAAAGGCGUUGAGUGUCUGGGCUAUUCUCAGAUCUUUCAGUGGACGGGUGCUGUUGCUUCAAGGGGAAGACUCGCUGGCCAGCAGUCCAGCGCUGCCUUGUACUCCCCAGCACGUCCUUCUACUGCCCGCUCAAGAGCGUCGUUAUCUUCUGUUUCUUCCCUCUCGUCAAAUUCACCUGCAUCUACUUCAUCCGCAUCAUCCGUCGCUUCGCCAUCCGUUCCCUCGUCCUCACCCGCCUUUAUUGCCCCAAGCCUUUCUCAAGUUGAGGAGGUUACAGAAACGUCAGAAGCCGAGUCUGGAACGGAAAUAGAUCUGUUCAUUGACAUCGAUAACAACGUCGACGAUGAGAACGACGAUGAAGAUGAUGCUGCGACCCCCCUAGCGAGUCGUGAUACACAACUCGUCUGUACCACCAUCCACAACCAGAACCAUCCCCUGGCAUCGGAAACGUCGACUCCGUGGGUGCUCGUCGAUCCCUUGUACCAAGACAUUACGAGCAACCACAGACAGUAUCUCGCUUAUUUUGAUGCGCGGCUCAGUCGAGAUUUUGUAGCCUACGACGUGCCCGACAACCCCUUUCGAAAUCUACUCAAAUUCACUCAGGCCCACCCUCUGCUACGUCAGGUCAUAAUCGCCGCCUCGGCAACGCACAUGUACAACCGCUCUCGCCCGUGGCUGUCCUCGGACUCGCUAGAAAGAGGUCUUGGCCCGAGGAAUCUGCUCAUGGAUGCUCUCGAGGCUAAGCAUCAGGUAUUGCGCAUGUUGCCGUCUGCCCUGCAGAGUAUUGAGUCAAUCGGGGGUGACAUUGUUCUGGCCGCGAUUCUCUUCCUGAUCAAUGUAGAGCUGAUAGAGUCUGGUAAACAUAAUUGGAAGGCUCACUUUGAUGGCGCUGGGAAGAUCAUGAAAUUGCUUGGGCCUGUUUCUGAUGUGGACGAGAGCUUGAGGGACUACAUUGUAUCCGACUGCUUCAUAUAUUACAUUCUGGAGUCAACGUUUCGGCCAACAGAUUCGGGCUCACACUCAUAUUUUGAAUCAUGUCAAGCGCUACAGAUACUGGGCAAAACCACGAAUAGCUACUACUGUUGCCCACCGCAACUCCUCGAAAUUAUGCUAAUAGCAGCUCGACUUUCUAACACAAAACCGGACGAUAUGGUCUCGGCUGACAUGGUCACUGCCGCUGGAGCAGCAUUACUAGACCGUGCUAGGAAUUUCGACGUUAUACCGUGGGCGCAAGAUAUCGACCUCAGCACCAUCCCCCCUACCGAGCAAGAUCCAGUGUUAAGUCGAUUUAGAGUCGCAACAUCCCAUCGUCUCGCCAUCUGUCUCUACAUUCUUCAUGCGAUACCCACGGUGGGAGCUUGGGUCGGUGAAGAUCUCGCAGACACAAUAUUUUCCGAACUACAUCAAGUGCUGAGCAUUAUUCCCGACGACGAUACGAACUUCAAGGCUACGACAUGGGUUACGUUUGUGUUUGGCGCGUGUGCCAGGACACCAGAGAUGAAGGACUGGGUUACUGUUCAGAUCAAGAAGCUUAUGCUUGAGUCACCUUGGGGAUUCUUAUAUGCAGCGCGAGAUGCUCUGCAGAUGUUAUGGAGCGUUCAGGCUGAAGGGAUGCCGAUGACGAGCUGGGUUCAGACGUUGAGGGAUCUACAUAUGGACUUUUUGAUUGUUUGAAGACAGGGUAUUCGUCAACAGCACCGUUAGGGAAGAACUCGAAGGCCUGAUUAGCAAGGGGUUGGAAAGCCACUGGAAACCCUUGUUCUCCCGUGUUUGACAUAUAUUUGACGUUUUUCCACGAUCCGGGUCUGGCGUUCAUUGGGGUUUUUCAACUGGGUAUACCAAGGUGGACGCCAACAGGGGCGGCUUAGGAUCCAGGAGUAUAUUUGGUAUGGGACUCAGCAGACUGAGCACUGGAUGAUUAUCUACGGCGCUAUGAUCUACGAUUUAUACUCUUCCAUUGUACUAGCGUACGCUUCCAGAAGCGACAUGAUUCCUUUGCAACUGUUUUCACUGACAAGUUAUGUUCACGUCUACCGGCCCCUUACUCAGCUCCCCUAACAGCAGCUUUCCAGCCGAUGAGCCUCCUCCAAUGCAUUUUCUCAGCCCCAACAAGGCCUAUCAGACCCCCGCCAUUGCAAGAUGCCUAUUUUCGGAACUCUGGGGUUUAUUAACCACGGUCAGCUCGAGGUUGCACACUCCCCUCGACCGAGUAUGUCGCACAGUCCCCACCUUGACCGCCCCUGACUGACGGCUUUCGGAGAACAUGUGCCCCGGAGAGAUGGGCUGAAACAACUGUGCCAGGUGCUUCUUUGCUGGGGGCACGCCUUGUAGUUUCGGACGGUCACAUUGUUGCGCGGACGGGCAGACGUCGGAUGGCUUCCGGUUCCCGCUGGUGAUGGCACGAGGGUUUAAUAUGAAGUUUUAAGGUUAUUGGGUUUGUUGGGACGACAUGUUUGUGCCGGAGACUGGGCACUGAACGAAAUGGAGUGACAGGACGGAGGAUUUUGCAACCGUGCUUCAUCCAAAAGCCGAGAAGAGCCUUGUCUAUCCUGUCUUAUUGUUGUAGGAUGGUGAGACUUGGUCAAGCAGAAUGUGUUUCUGGAUAAUUCAAGGCCAAAAGUCCGAAGCAAACGUCUAUUAAUUCUCUCCAAUGGCCGGAUACUCGGUAUCUGUAUGCAUCUGACAGAGGCAUCGCAGGUGAAGGAUAAAGUGGUGAGUAAUAAUGUAUCAAAUUUGACACUGGCUCUACCAGGUCCUAUAUCUAGAUAGUUGAAAGCUAUGGAUUUGUUUAUGAAAGAUUCCUUCCCGUAAAAGCAUCGCCAUAGAACAAAACAUUUACUCCCCU